AUGUCCUGUGAUCCCCAGAACCCGCACCCACCAUACGCCCUUGCCACCCACCUCGUCGUCGUGGCACCCAAAGACCACCCAGCCACGCACUUGGACCUGCACGACUUUGUCACCAUUCGGGCGCUCGCUUUUGGAUUUGCGUUCCGUGUCGUGGCCAGAGAACCGCUUGCCGCCGAGGGUGCGUCGACGCGCAGGGAGUGUAUCCUCGCCAUUGGGCCUCGGCUCGUCCGCGAGGCUCAGACGUUGGCGCAGAGGGAGCUCAUCCGCUGUGCCGUGCGUGGAUACAAGCACGCUCUUGCGCUGCGCCACCUCGACGCCAUUGCAAUGGCCGAGACGGAGGACAUUCUGGUCGCGGCUCGCAGGUGUGCGGCUGCGGCUGGCGGGGACGCUGGGGUGGCCAUGUCGAGCGCAUGUGCAGAUGACGCCUACGGUGCGGCGGAGAUGCUCGUCGAGAUGGUUUCUCAGAAGGACCGAGGGGAGGUGAUGGGGAGGGUUGAGCGUCGUGUGCGACGCGACGAGGUACAGCAGGAUGUGUCCAUCACGAGCUCCAGGCCCGACGGCGAGGAGGUGUUCAAAGUCCACGCGGUGGGAUCCAAGACGGUGGUGAGCAAGGGCGAUACCGCACUGUUCAAGGGGAUCGGCAAGCCCGGCCAUGGCCUCGUGUCGUGCGAGGGCAAGGACGGAAACGCCGUCUUGUUUGUGCACGUCCGUCCCAGCUUUGCCGAAGCCCAUGUCGACCUGCGCGGGGGCAUCCAGCCGGACCACCGCAGCAUCGAGCUUCGCAGCCGUAACCGCACAUGGGGCGACGGCUCUGAGAUUGUCGCGUACCCGAGCAAGGUCGUGCUCGCCACCGUCGACCGGCUCCAGCCUGCUGCGCACGUGCGCGACGCCGGGGAUGAGCAGUUUGAGAUCAAGGUCGCUCCGGGAGUCGACACUUGCAUGAUUGUCACGCUCUGUGCCGUGUUCAACAAGGCGCUUGCGCAGUAG